AUGACGUGUACGAUGUUGUUUCUACUGACGGUUUCGUUGGUCAUCCUCUCUCCCGUUGGUGCCCAGCCAUAUAUCUCAGGAUGUGGAGUUGCUCUCCAGGACGUACCUAACCCAUCAUCAGACACCUGCACGGCCUUCUUUAGGUGUUACAACAAUAGACAGUUCAGCCUCAGAUGCCCAUUGGGACAAGCGUUCCAUUACGAUAGGGCCAGAUGCAGGCCGGAGAAUGAAGUCGACUGUCCAUUACAGCUACAGAGAUACCAGGCCCCAGCCGUGCCGCCUCACCUUCGGUCACCUCAGGACAGAGACGUGGAGGUGCGGGUCAUCCACCUGGCACCUGGUGUCAACCCCAACAAUCUGCAGUUCUUCACCAAUGGUCAGCAAGUUCAAGUGACCAACAAUCAUGCACCACAGCGUGGUGGUCACACACUGAUAGCUGCCCAGCAACAAAAUCGGUUUCCAACACAAAAUAUCAACGCUCAACAACCACCCACGUUUUUGACAUCCCCGGAUGUUCAAAAUCAACCGGUUCAAGGCCAGGUGUUUCAAGGUCUACCCUCGCAGGGACAAAUAUUUCCGGGUCAACAGGUUCAAGGACAAGUGGUUCUAGGUCACCCUGGGUAUCCGCAACUAUUCCAAGGAACACCUGUACAAACACAAGGAGGGCAGCCUCUACAGGGACAGACAGUUCAGGGGAAUUAUCUUCAGCCUCCAGUCUUAGCACAAGUUCAAGGUUAA